AUUAAAACGAAAGCAGUCAAAUCCACCCACAAAAAAAAAAGAUAUGGAGACGGCCAUUCGCUGGUCUCCAUCCUCGACCACCGCGGAGCAACGCUUUCUCUCCGUCGACGUGACGGGGAAGGCCUUCCGACUGUGCAGGGUAACCUCGUUCGACGGGCAAACACUCGAUCAUGAGGUGCUGUCGACGCACACCAAAGUGCCCGCAUUUCGCGCCUUCGAUUGGUCGCCCGUCGACGAGUCGCUCGUGGCGGUGGGCCAGUCCUCCGGCGACGCGACCAUCCUGCGCAUGAACAGCGAGUCCCAGGAGUCGUUUUCCUUCCCCAUUCGCCACCAGCGAUACUGCAAUGCCGUCGCCUUCAGCACGCAUGGUUUGCUGGCCGCCGGCCUGGACCGCGUGCGGAAUGACUUCUGCCUGAACAUCUGGGACGUGAGCCAGCGUCUGACCAUGAAGGGCGCGAAGGGCUAUGUCGAGCCGUUGCGGAAACUCGCCAGCUCCGAGCCUAUCACCAGCGUGAAGUUCUUCCGGGAUCAACCCGAUACCUUGGUCACCGGGGUCAAGGGGCAGUAUGUGCGCAUCUACGACCUGCGCGAGGGGCCCGGGAAUCCGUCGCUGCAGUUCCCCACCCGCUGUGUGCAUAAUCUAGCCAUCGACUGGCUGGAUGAGAAUUAUAUCGCGUCGUGCUUGACCUCGAAUGAUCCGACUGUCUGUAUCUGGGACCGUCGCGUGGGGUCGCGAUACACGACGCCGGGCGUGGGACCUGCGAAUACCGUCGAGACGGGCCAGCCUGGACCGGCGCUGGAGUUCUCGAAUGUGAUUGCGCCGAAGUCGUCGAUAUGGAGUCUUCGGUUUUCGAGGACGAAGAGAGGGUGCUUGGGUGUUCUGGCGAAUACGGGUCACUUUAAGACCUACGAUAUCGCGAAGGAAUAUCUGUCCGAGGAAUACCGGUCGUCGAUGGAUGAGACUCUCGGCCAGGAGUCUUUGAAGAACUACCCCGAGCAGAUCUAUACGAAACACGUUCGCGACGUACAUAGUCCAUUCAACCAUUCUUCGCGUGGCUAUGCGGAGUUUCAAAGAGUCGUAUCUUUCGACUUCCUCAACAUGAGUGUCUCAAACGAGCCCAGUGCCAUCACGUUAUCGGGUAACGGCCAGAUUAACAUCGCGACGGCGAAACCGCCUCCGCCCCCGGUCCGCCUAUCUUCACGGGGCUCGCUGAUAUGUGGAAGCUCCGACGACGAAUCCGAUUUCAAGGUCAUAAGUCCUCUUUCUAGCCCGGGAUCAAGCAUCGCGGAGGUGGUUGGAAGCCUUCAGGAACGCAUCUUGCCCGACCCAAACAACGCCGGAGAUGUGCCUCGCGAGAGUCGCCUCGUAGCGCCGGAAAAGAAUUCCACGAAACCACUAUCAAGUCGGGAAGCUCGCGAGCGUGCCGUAUCCCUGGGGACUUCGGGCGAGCCGCUGACCGCUGAAGAGGCGCUAACUUUGCUCACGGUGAACCGCAUGCGGUGCAUGGAAGGGUAUUUGUUUGAUGAAUCGCGCAAUAAGGGAAUAGUAGCGGAUGAUCCCUGCCUUCCGGGCUUCUGGGAUUGGAUUCAACGGGCACGUUCCGAUUCCUCUAAUGAUUCGAUGAUUAUCAACGACUUGGACUUGAGUUAUAUUGGUGUAUGGAAUGUAUGGAAUAAUGACCUCGGUGAAAGUCUUGAUAAUCGAAGAGUCGGUCCCGAUAGCAGCUCCGACGUGAGCGAGGCUGUUGUGGAUAUGGUGCGAGAAACACUACGCCUUCCGGAGGCGAAAGGCUGCGAGACGAAUUACGCAGAGCAUCGCCGACUUUGCCUGCGACUCUGCGGUGCCACGCAAUCUCACCGUGAACUGGAGGACACAGUGAUGGCAUUAGCAGCUGAGAACCAGCAUACCAAAGCAGCUGCACUGGCGGUUUUUCAAGAUGAAGCCAAGCUGGCUUAUCUGGCGCUGCGCAGUCAUUCCCCUACCCAAGCCCAUAAACUCCUUGCCAUGGCCAUCGCGGGCGCUGCCAAAGGUGAUACCGACUCGGACUGGGAAGACACUUGCGUCGAGAUUGCCAAAGAACUCACAGACCCCUAUGCGCGGGCUAUCCUAGCGCUUGUGAGCAAGGGAGACUGGAAGUCAGUCAUCCAAGAGACUACGCUGCCUCUGAAGUAUCGCAUCGAGGUGGCCCUACGAUGGCUACCCGACGACGAACUCACGCCUUACCUAAACGAAACGACCGAAGAAGCCAUUCGGCAAGGUGACAUUGAAGGCAUCGUUCUCACUGGUCUCGGCCAUUCCGCCAUGGACCUCUUCCAAUCAUACAUCAAUAAGUUCAGCGACGUCCAAACCCCCGUCCUGGCCAUGAGCCACAGCGUCCCACGCUUCAUCAACAACCACCCAAACCGAGCCCGCUUCGAAACCUGGCGCGAAGCCUACCGCUGGCAAAUCAACUCCUGGAAAUUGCAACUCGAACGCGCCCGGUUCGACGUCGGAUCCCGCAAAUUUGCCGUCACCUGGGACGGUCAGAAACUAAUCGAGCCGCCCCGACAGCAAGUCAGCCUCACCUGCAACUACUGCACACGGCCCCUCACGCAGCACGACGCCUCCUCCCAACUUUCCCCCUCGGCCACGGGCGAAGUCGUCCAUCCCACUCCCGGAAACCCUCUCGGUACAGCCGCCAUGUCCGGCAUGAUCUGUCCCCGCUGCGGUCGACAUAUGCCUCGCUGCGGCGUCUGCACGCUGUGGCUGGGAUCUCCCGAUCCAAUGUCCAAGGCCGCCCUUGCAGCUGAUGCCGGACAGGAGCCACGCCGACCCAGUGAGACAGAACUGAUGCGUCGGUUCAUCGUGUUCUGCAUCAAUUGCAAUCACGGGUUCCAUGCGCAUCAUGCGAGAGAGUGGUUUGCAAAGCAUAGAGUUUGUCCUGUUGCGGAGUGCAAUUGUAUUUGUGAUCGGUAGCGAUUGUGGGAAUGGGCUUGGGCUAUAGAUUUUUCGUUUCUUGAUUCUAUAUUUACUGCUCUGACUUCGUUUAUCCUUCUUAUUUUUUCUUUUUAUAGUGAUGUGUUGGCAUGUCUUGUUCGGCUUUUUGAUGUAGCGAGUGGGUGGGUUCUGGUUUUUCUUUUGAUAUACCCAGUUUUAGC